UCCUCCUCUCUUCUCCCCAGCUUGCUCUCAACGCCCUUCUCCCUACCGUUGCGUGUCACUUUUGAUUCAAGCAAGAUGCCCAAGAAAGGUGGAAAGAACAAAGCCAAGUCCAAAGCCAAGGCCGCGGCGGCGGCUGCCCCCAAGAACGUCGCCACUGAUGUCAAGGAGACUUUAACCCCCGGUCACCAGGUCGAAGAGAAUGUCGCAAAGGCUGAAGGCGAAGUUGAGAAGACAACCCAGGCCAAGGACGCGCCUGCUUCCGCGACGGCUGACUCGACCGCCAUCGUUGCUCCCGAUACCACUUCGAAAAUUCCUACGGCCGCGCCUGAGUCCGCGGAGGUUGAACCGGUGAAGGAGGCUGAGAAGACCGUGUCGGAACCCGCGCCGGAACCUGCGCCGGAGCCUAUUGCAGAGCCCGAGCCAGAGGUUGCAGAGGUGGUCAAGAAAGACAGUGUGCAGGAGGCUGUGGACAAGGUGCAGGCUUCCAAGGAGGGUCACAUUGGAAUUCUCGAUGGAGGGGACCAGGAGGGUGCAGUCAUCCUUCCUGAAGCGACUGCCAAGGAGUCGACAUUGAUUUCCGCCCCUGAUGAGAUCGUUACCAAACCCACCGAGACAGUAGAGACACCAUCUGCCCCGGCGGUCGAGGAGACGACAGCUCCAGUUACAACGCUUCCUGAACGCCCUAGAGAAACCACACAGCCACCCGCUGACAACGUCGAGGCUAUCCACGCCAAGCGCCCCUACGAGACCCCUCUGUUCUUCAAGGAGGAGCAGAAGCCUCCCAAGAUGCCCAAGGUGGAGGGUGAACCGGCUGAGGCUGAGCCUGCUGGCCAGGUCGUUUCUGGCCUCAAUUCGGAUGAGACCAAGGACUUGCACAAGGAGUCCAAGGAUAUUGCUACAGGUGGCAAGGAAGUGGCCGAUGUAAACGCUACCAAGGAGGCUCCAGCUGCGGCCGCGGCCCCCGCUGUCGUUGCCCCUGCUGCUGCACCGGUCGAUGCUGAACCCGCUGCUGCGGCUGCUACAGAGACCAAGGCUGCUGAAGCCCCAGUGACGGAAGCAGUUCCCGCUCAGCCUGAAAAGGUGGCGGAACCAGAGAUUGCUGCUGCGCCGGUCGAUUCUGAGCCCGCUGCUGCGGCUGCAGCAGAGACCAAGGCUGCUGAAGCCCCAGUGACGGAAGCAGUUCCCGCCCAGCCUGAAAAGGUGGCGGAACCAGAGAUUGCUGCUCCUGUCGCUGCCGCUCCGGCUGUCGAGCCUGCCGCGGCCCCUGCUGCUACGACCGCUCCUGAGGUUGCCAAGGAGAAGGCCGUUGAGGCGCCUAAGGAGGCUCCCAAGGAGGCUGUCCCGGAAACCAAGCCGGAGACUAAGCCCGAGCCUAAGCCCGAAGCUCAACCUGAACCUACUAAGCCUGAAGCCGCCGCCGGUGCCGCCGCACCCGGAAUAGCAGCACCCGCCGAUAAGGCCGCCACAGCCGACCAAGAGGCUGCCCAAUCACCCGAACCCGUCAUCAAAAAGCCCGAACAGGCCAAGAUGGCCGCCGGCAAGGCAGAGCAAUCCGCACGCGACAACCUCGCCAAGGUCGAACAAGGAGGCAAGGACAAGGCCGAACAGGUGAAGGCCGAGAAAGCCGAAAAGCGCAAGAGCGGGUUCUUCGGCUGGUUGAAGAAGAAGGUCAAGGGUGAUAAAUAAGCCAAUCCCCUUUGAUCUUCGAUUUCCUUUGUUAUUUCCUUUGUGAUUUGCUAUUUGCUUUUUGCGCUUUUAUUUUGACACUCACUGCCCGGGGUUAUGAUACCAAGGUUAUAAUCAUGGCAAAAUAUUGAUUUUGAUUUACCUAAUUCGACGAAGACUUACAAGAAAGACAGAAAGACACAGAAAAACACUGCGACACGAGCAUGGAAUUGACUGACAUGAUGUAUGAUAUGGCUGGAUGGAAUGGAAUAUAUAUGUACCUAUACGAGCUGGUGUGCGUUGCACAACUAGGUUCUAGUGCUAUUGUUUAAUUGCUCAGUGUCACUAUUAUUUUGGGAA